CAAUACGAUUCUACAAUAUAAAAUUCAUGUGAGAUCUAUUGAUCUUAAAAUGGGAUCUCAAGAAAUAAAUAAUUUGUUUGAUGGAUCUGAAGAUGUUCAGAUUCAUAUCAAAACGGAACCCGAGGUCGUCUGGCUAGAAACUCCUGAAUAUGUCCAGGACCAAUUUAAACAACAACUGACUGAAGAUAACUCGAUAUCAAGAACUGCUGUAAAACGAAUACAUGCUGAAAACUCAAUUAAUAAUGAAAAACGAGCUAAAAAUACACGAAAAAAUGUACCAGCAGGAAGCAUGAGCGUGAAUGAAUGCAAAAAUGCUGUGACCCCUGGAACAGGAUACCUGAAGAGGGUACCACCACCACAAACUGCUGUCGGCCUGCAGCUCCUACACAUAGAAAAAGAGAAGCUAAAAAUAAGAAAGAAUAAGCUAUUAGAAAAUGACAAUGAAGAUCGCGAUGAGGAUGUGGGCUUCUUCAACUCUGUGUUGCCCCACGUGAGAAAGCUCACUCCACGUGACAAACUAACAUUCCAAAUGCGAGUACAAAGGAUUUUGUUUGAUGUGGUCUACCCACCCCCACCACUGCAACAGUCAACGUCAACUGCUUCAAGCAUCUCCAUUAGCCCCAUACUUCCUACUAGUAAAUAAUGAAGACACUUUCUGAUGCAGAUGGUAUUAAAUUAACUAUACUGUAUAAUUCGCAGUGAGUGCAAGUGAUAUGUUUGAGUGAGUGUUACAUGGAUUAUUUCUUUUAACCGUACAUUUACCAUUCAUUCCAGUAUGUACGGUACAAUGUUUGAAUGCUGCUGUCCGUGGCAGCCAUAGGUACUUUGUUGUUAUAGUAAUUUGUUAGUAGUAUGAAAUGUUAUAUUAGCCUAAAAUAUUAAUUUAUCAUAAACUCUUCUACGUCUAACUUCAAGAAUGGUUCGAAUUGAUAAUAGGCUAAAACAUGAAAAAUAUAAUUCAAUUACAUAAGAAAUGUAAAUUUAGCCUAAAUUCUUAUUUAACUAUCUUCGAGAAUUGUUCAAAUUAAUAGUAGACAAAAGUAUUGUAGUUUUUCUUUUAAUUAUUAGGACUGCAAAUAACUUAAGAAAUAUAGCCUUUUAUGAAUGAACUGCACA